GUGUAGACCGAGAGAGUCCUGCCGGCGCGUCAGUCAACGCGUGGAAAUCGGCGAGUGUCAAACUAGCCUGUUAUCGCGCGGUCUCCAGCGACCGAGACACACCGUAAGACGCGCCACCCUGUCUUUACCUUUCCUGUCAGACUUGUCACAAUCAGAGGAGUCGCAAGGGCGAAGGGAGAGAUGAGUCGCAAACUUGACGCGAGUGCGUGUGCGUGAGAAGGAAAGGGCGGUUUUGGAGAGCGUUUUAUUUUCCGAGGAAGAAUUGUAUUUCGAGAGGAGGAGCGCAGAAUGGAGGAGGUAUGCGUGGAGCACACCAAGGUGCCGGAUUUGGGGUAUUCUAACACCUGCAGCAACAGUCAGUCGCAACGCAGCGGCAGUUCGAGUACGAGGAACAGCAAUCGCUCCGAGAGCAGCGGCUACCACAGUAGACAUCUCUCAAUCUUAGAAUCCAGCAAUGAGGCGCUACCGCAGCCGAUCAGCAAGAAGAAGGACAAGAAGAAGAAGUUGAAAGCGGUGACGACGCUUAACGUCGCAGAGGCGGAAGCCGAUUGGAAGACGGUGAAUACGCUGCCAGAAGUCGCAUCGUAUAACGUCGCGCCAGUGAACACCGUACUUGACAAGAAACCAGAAGAGGUAACCACAGUCGAAUUGGUGGACGCAACGGAUCCCGGCGAGCACAACGGCGACACCGUCGCAGAUCCGGAAGCAGGACUUGCUUCGCGGAUGGCCCCCCUGGACGAUUCCACGUCUCAAGCUAACGAGGGAUUUUGCGCGGUGAUUUCGAUGCACGACGGUCUUGUGCUGUACACAACGCCGUCGAUAUGCACCGCCCUCGGCUAUCGUAAGGACGCCUGGAUCGGCCGGUCUUUCAUCGAUUACGUGCAUCCAAAGGACAAGAGUACUCUGAGUGAUCGGAUCAGCAGUGAUAUUACCUCGCCGCAAGACGAACGAUCUAAAGACAUCAAUGAAAGGAGGACGAGCUUGUUUUGCGGUCUGCGAAAGUUUACCAGGGGUAACGUGCCAAACGGGUAUCGAGCGGACGCCAGGUCAAACCUGUAUCUGCCAUUCCACCUUACCCUGUUAUUCCGGAACUUCCGGGAUUUCAGGGACCGGACGGCCGAGCAACAACCCAAGAACCGAGCUAUGUUCCUCGUAGUUACCGCUCAACCCGUCCAUUCCGCUUACAAAGCGUCAGAAGAAACAAUAAUAUCUUCGGUAUUCACGACCCGUCACACUGCGACGUGUCACCUAUCCCAUGUCGAUCCUGAUAUAGUCCAAUACUUCGGCUAUCUACCACAGGAUAUGGUUGGCUGUUCGCUGUUUGACUUCUAUCAUCCCGAGGAUCUACCUUUCAUCAAAGACAUCUAUGAGACUGUGAUGAGGCUCGAAGGCUCCUCCUUCAGGUCGAAGCCGUACAGGUUUGCCGUACAGAAUGGGGGUUACGUCGUCCUUGAGACCGAGUGGUCAUCCUUUGUCAAUCCCUGGACAAAAAAACUAGAGUUUGUCGUAGGUCAGCAUCGGGUGUUGAAGGGGCCGAUGGAUCCGGAUAUCUUCCGUGUACCGCGCAACACCGAAUACAGCUAUUUAGCCAAUAUUAGCGAAGAAGUGUUGAAGGAGGCCAAGAUUAUCCAGGAUGAGAUACGGGAACUUCUAGAUGAGAGCAUCCAAAGAACAUCAGAUAUAACCGAGCUCGACCUGUCAAAACGAUGUAAGGAUCUAGCGUCCUUCAUGGAAAAUCUUCUGCAGGAGACAACAGUGCCCGGCGUCGGCAAGGACGGACUGCUCGAGGACGAACUUAGGAGCUUUUCGGAGCAUGACAAUGUGAUGCUUGGUGAGAUUUCUCCCCAUCAUGAGUACUAUGACAGCAAGUCCUCUACGGAAACGCUGCCGAGCUACAAUCAGCUCAACUACAAUGAGAACAUCGAGCGUUUCUUCAAGAGCAAACCGCCGGAUGCAACUAUGUAUGGCAGCAUUGGCAGCGAUGAGGAAAAUGUUAAUUCCAGCAAUGACGAAGGUGCCCGGAAGUGUAUGUCGUCGAUAAAUGGCAGCGGGGCGAGCGGUAGCGGUAGCGCGGAAAAUCUGAGCAGCGGUUCCAACAAUCAGACGAGAUCGGCCAGUCGGGGCGACGACGCGUCCAACACCGCCAGCAACAGCAACACCAACGCGACGGAGAGCUUCAAGCCGCCCAUGCUGACGGAAUCGCUGUUGAAUCGCCACAAUGAGGACAUGGAGAAGCUGAUGAUACAGAAGCACCGAGAGUUACGCUCCAGUAUUAAGAAUAGCGACAAGCUUAAAGACUCUCGUAUCAAGACAGAAAAAGUCAACGGUACUGACCAUUACGUCAAUCAAGGUCACGGGAUCAAAAGAAGCGGUAGUCAUAGCCGGGAGGGUGAUAACUUCAAGGUAUCCAAACACGAUAAAAUCUCGAAAACAAGCACGAUGGGUCCAGCAAAUCUCACAACUACCGUCACCAGCAUGAGUCAGUCGACCGUCCUACAGGCGGGAGCGAAUAUUAAUCUUUGGUCACCAUUAUCGGUCACUGUGCCCUCUCAAUCUGCAUCUACUCAAUCAUGUGUUCCACCCAUCAAUGUCAACUUGGAGGCUGCAGCCAAAUUUCCCUUACUCCCAUCAGUGAUACCGGUAUACUACAUGCCGGUACCGCAACCCAACAAGUCCACGACGAUGUCACCGUCGCAGGAGAAACUUAGUCCACCGCAACCAUCAGCACAAUCAGUACAACACAAUCCUUACAUAUUUGCUCCAGUAUCCUAUGUCGCGACGACGAUGGCUGGGAUGAUCUAUCCAGCUGUGAUCGGCACUCCUCCACCGCGCGCUAUGAUGUAUCGACCUUUCUUGAUACCUGAGCAAGCGCCGACGGCGACAACGUGCAAAAAUCAGCAGCUCAAUAACAAAUGUUCGGAUCGUAAACAACCAACCAGUCAGGCGACUAGCGUCAAAGCCGAGCCGGGGAGCAUAAUGGCCAUGUCUGAGAAGGUUUUGUCACCCGGCGAAAUGUUCUCGUCAUGCAUGAGCAAUGAUGGUGGCUGCUCGAGCGUGGUGGAUCUUCCGACACCGAUGACCAUGAAAGAGCAUCGCCGGACAACCGACUACAAUGGCGACGAGUCGAGUUCGUCCAGCUUUUAUAGUAGUUUCUUGUACAAAAGCAGUGACAGCAGCUGCAAUCCGGAUCAGAAGACGUGCGAGGUUUCUUGCGAAGUAGAGAAUCAAAUGGAGCAAUGCUCGAAAGACAUUCAAGGGCCAUCUCGAUUAUACGAGAACACCAAGUGCCAUCAGGGAAUGCGGAGGAGAGAUCCAUCCUGGUUAGAGGGCGUCCACUUGACGCCGGAGUUGAUCUACGAGUACCAGAUGCAUCCGAAGACGCUGAAUGAAGUGUUGAAGGCCGAUCUAGACGCAAUGAAGAACUUUAAUCAGCCGUUACUGGUAAAUGAUCAAUUAGGACAGCUCUAUCUAGACCUGGAAGUGGAAGGUUUCAGCACCAAACUCAUCCUCGAGGAUGGAAUUACGUCGAGCGGAAGCGACAGCGGGAGUAGUAACGGCAGUUGGACUGAAUCGCAGCGCAAGCAGAGAAUGAUGAAGUACGGCAAGCUAGUGAUGAUCCACGAGGAGAAUGCGCCUCUACCGCCCCCAUCGUCUCAAACUGUAUCUUGUCAGCAUUCAUAAAAGUGCAAUUGAUUCGCCACAAACGAUCUCAAAAGACACUCAAAGUUAGCGUUUGCUUUGUCAUGCUCGCAUUUCUCUUGAAUAGAUCCAAGGAAUUGAGGACAGAAUUAAUUCUUGGAGCAAAUGUUUUUGAGAAAGAACUGCAAAUGCGAGUUGAUUUGUGUGUAUAUAAACAACGAAUGAAAUGCACUCAGUGAGGAACACGUGAUUUAAUCGGCAUUUUAAUAACACGUUGCCAGUUCUCAUAUCUUUCUUGAGAGGAUCUAUUUUUAUUUAAGGAAAUACACUUAGAUCACAAAUAUGUAAUAAAUGCGUCGUAUUGAGAGAUUAAUCAGAUCAUGAGAGAGAUUGAUAAAAUUGUCUUACAAUUAGCCAAGUUCGAGUACAUUUUUAAAUAUUUUUAGCGUGAAGUAGAAUGCAUAAUAUAUACUUACGAGAUUUUCACGAGCUAUUUGGAUUUGCAUUUUAUUUGUGUAUGUGUUUCUCACAGUUGCCAGAUAUUUCUUUAAUUACACAGUUUUGAAUUACCGAUAAAAUCGUUGUGAUUCAAAAUUUUUAGAAACAUCUUGUAGAAAGAAAAUAAUUAGGAUAACACGUGAAUAGAAAUGAUGACAAGUUUUUUUCUGUGUCAAAAAUAAAUAAGUAUUACAACAAUAUCGAGUAACGCGAACAUUACAUAUUCACAAUUUUUAGUAUCGCUUGCGUAAUUUUGUGAACAUGUUUGCGUUAUAGAUAUAAAUCGAUCGAAAGAUUAUAGUCGAUUUUGUACUUAUUAAACGAAUAGUGCGCACGAGAAGAGAAUGGAAAGAUGACACUUUUGAUAGUAUAACACUUGCGUAAUAAUACGUUUUCUACCGCUGCACAUAUAUAUUUUUGAGAAAUAGAGAUUUCCCUUUUUUAUAGAUGUUUACACGUAUCCUUUUUAUAAAUGUACAUAUAAUAUACGUAUAAAAUAUAUAUAUUUUAUAUGAAUUUAUAUAAUAUAUUUAAAAAUAUAAAAAAACAAUUUCGUGCCUAUCUGCGAAAUUAAAUUAUGCAAUGAGAGUGCUAGGCUUAAUUAGAUUUGUUUCUAUAUACAAUCGUAUUCUCUCGUUAAACGUCUUUCACGUUAAAGGAGAAGAUCAACGCGGAUGUUUCGGGCGACUAGAAACAUGUAUAUUGAUAGCAGAAUCAUUUUGCAUUGCUUAAUAUAUUUUAUAAGUUUGUAUAAUUCUUAGUGUUAAUUUUAUUACAUUAUCGCAUAUUAUGGUUAAUAUAAAAAAGACAAGAAACAGCUUAUAAAUUUAUUGGAAAAUAUAAUGGAUUGUAAUUACAUAAAUCUCUCUUACUUUCUAUUAAUGCCAA